AUUCUUUAAAAAUUACGAUUUGCAUAUCCAAAAUAAUUGCUAUAGUUGACUGGAUAAGCUCCAGCAUUUAUUAAUUGCAAGGCAGUAACAGCCAUGGGGGCGUUCUUGGAUAAACCAAAGAUUGAAAAGCAGACCGAGCGUGGACAUGGGAAUGAUUUAGAAUAUGCAGUGAGUAGCAUGCAGGGGUGGAGGGUUGAUAUGGAAGAUAGCCACACUGCUAAGUUGUCUCUACCUGGCCUCCCACAGUGGUCGUUCUUUGCUGUUUUCGACGGCCAUGCAGGCUCGAAAGUUGCCGAACAUUCGUCCGAGCACCUGUUAGACAACAUACUAACGCACGCAAACUUUAAGAAGAUUAUCGAAGCUUCAGAAAAGGGUAAACAGGAAGAUGAAAAGAUGGUCAAAAAAGCGAUUGUCGAUUCUUUUCUUCAGUUCGAUCAAAAAAUGCGAAACAUCACCGAUUCGAAGACCGGUUUCGACCGCAGUGGUUCCACUUCAGUGUGUGUUCUUAUCUCACCCACCCGAUACUACUUCAUUAAUUGCGGCGACUCUAGAGGCUUACUGUGCCGACAAGGUGCCGUCCAUUUUGCCACUGUCGACCACAAACCAUUCAACCCAUUGGAGCGAGAACGAAUCCAAAAUGCUGGCGGUAACGUCCUAAUACAGCGCGUCAACGGCUCUCUUGCUGUGUCGCGUGCUCUUGGCGAUUACGAGUACAAAAACGUGGAAGAUAAAUCUCAAACUGAACAAUUAGUCUCGCCAGAACCAGACGUUACCUGCAUCGAACGGUUAACUAAACAAGACGAAUUUAUAAUUUUAGCUUGUGACGGAAUUUUUGAUGUUUCGAGCGAUGAAGAAUUAACGAAUUAUGUCAAGUCAAGGUUAGCCAUCACAGAAGAUCUUGUUUCAGUGUGCAAUGAUGUCGUUGACAUGAGCUUAAAUAAGGGGAGCCGAGACAACAUGACCCUAGUAUUGCUGGCUCUCCCAUCUAUUCCUAAACCAAAUGAUAAAGCAAAAGAAGAAGAAGCAAAGUUGGAUGAACAACUAAGAUCACUCAUGAAAGAGGCUUGUGAUGAAGUAAAGAACACACGAGGAGACAACAUGGAUUUCUCGCUUGUGCUUCAAACCCUCGUUGGCGAUGAGAGCAAAAUACAAGGCCUACCUCCUGGGGGAGGAAUUUACUCAAAGCGAGCUUUCCUGGAGAAAGUUUACAAAGAACUUUACCCAGAAACUGAGGCCCUUGUGAGUUCUGGUUUCAGCAGCUCUGUGGACAUCGACUUAAAUUUAGAAACUAAUGAAACAAAUGGAAAUGAAAUGACAGAUUCAGGUGUGUAAAAGGACUAAAACAAUUUCCAGGAUUCUCAAAAAAGUUUGGAUAUUAGGGGUCCUUAGUAUUCACUGUCUUCAGUUCAUUUUCCAGUUUGACUGUUUCAGCCUUUUGUGGCGAUCUGUGUAUUCUAUGGUUGCAACUAUCUAGACCUACAAUACAGUAUUCACCUGGUACCAUACAGCCCAGGUGAUAAAACUUAGUUUGUAAACGAAAAUUUACAAAGCUGGAAAUUCGGAAACAUUUCUAAUUGCGCUUAAUGCAUUUUUAGAUAUUUUUUUCUAAACUGUUUAUUCAUACACCCAAUGCCAUUGGACCUUGUAGUUUUGAAAAACAACUUAUUUUAAAGAAGUUUACAAAGCAAUAAAUAGUUUCUGCAAAUUAGUAAACCAAUUUUGCUUUCUGAUAGUUUUAUUCAUAUCCAGAAUAUAACAUUUUUACCCAAUUUUUUACUGAAUACUUAAAGCCAAUUGAUGUUUUUAAACUAUUUUUCAUAUUUGCGGUGAAAAUUUUUGAAAAUCCAAACAAAUCAAGCAAUUUUGUACACAUCAGUAACAGAAGUUGUUUAAUGCGGUCCUACAGUGUUUUGUAAUUGCCUAUUUCUUUAAAUACUGUAAUGACAUUUAUACAUGAUAUGCUGGGACAUAAUAGUUUUACAGCUUUAACAAGCUCUUUUCUAUAUUACGAUAAGAAAAGUUCAUUUUUUCAAUAACUCUGUUGUAAUUGUAUAUUUUUCAUAGAUUGGUAAUUUAAUUGAUUUAGAAAACCCUGAUUUUUGUUAACCACAAAAAGCAGGCGUAACAUUUACUGCUGUUUACGUUUUCAAGCACCAACAACCAGCAAUUAUAGGUUGUACCAGUAAUUAUAAUGUGUUUUUGUGACUGUUAACGUGAUUUUUAUAAAAUGGCAAGCCACACUUUG